AUGGGCUUAGCAGCUACCUCUUUUGAGGAGGCUGAGGAGAUUUGGGCACAGAGGCUCAAAGAAUUCAGUGGUUCUGAAAACUCGAACGAUCCAGUACCCGAGCAACCUAUUUUGAAUUAUCUCACUAUAUCUCGUGAUCGAACAGCGAAUAGCAACUACCAAAGCGAACAGCUUGUUGUUCUAGCAGGGUGUCCUCCUAGCGCGAUCGAGAAAGCUGGAGACGAAGGCUCUAGUAAAGGAGACGAGGACUUUAGCGAAAGCAAGACGGUGGACUGGGAUCGAGCAGAUCUGUUACGCAUUCUAGACGACAGUUUAUACAAGACUAAUGAGCUCAGCCUGUAUUAUCGGUCUUCCGCUUCGCAGCCACAGAUUAAUAGCGCAUCCACCCAGCUAUCCAGCAGCAGCGAAUCUAUUAGUUCGGAUUCAUCCCGUGAUUUGCCCAAAAUCCCUUCUCCGGACAGUUUGAGGGAACUUACUCGUCAAUAUUUCCCUGAGGGUUCUAAUACUCUAGAGCAACCCCGAGAAGCCGGGUUCACAAUGGACAGCGAAUAUCAACCCGAAGACGGUAGUGCUUCAGAAAGCGAUGAAACAGCCCCCUUGCGCAAACUCCUUCAGCAAAUGGAAAAGUUCAGAUCGGAAAAUCGUCGGCUGAGAGAACAAAUAUCACAAUUAUCUGCUGGUACAGCUGCGACUAAAAAGCUGCCUCCUGGCUGUCAGAUAUUUCAUCGUCUCGGCCCAAAUGAAAUAUCUCUUUAUACGCCAACAUGGAUGAUCGGCGACAAAGACCGAGAGUCUGUUCUAAGAUUAGAUGUCCUUCUAGCAAGCCUAGAUAAGCAUCUUGAAAAGCAUCCAGAAAUAGUCUUUGCCGUGUUCAAAGAUUACAAGAAAACGGCUCAACAUGGUUUCGAUGAAGCAACGAAUGAGACAGAAACAGAUACGGUGCCUUCCAUCGUCUCUCAUAGGGAGUCAAUCAAAUUAACAUCUGAUGAUAUGGUAUCCGCCUUCAAAGCUUUUAUGGCAUUACAACCCGACUUUUCGUCAAUCUUUCCUGGCUUCGACGUUGAUGCUGAAAUCCAUGCACCAUUUCUGUUUUGGUAUCACUAUAGGUCUUCCUACGAGGGCUUAUCUGCAAAGCUCAAAAUACAAGAUCGAGAUUUGAUGAACCUUCUCACCCAAUGGAUUGAGGAAAGAUAUUGCGAUGAGUACAACAUGGCAAAUGCAUGUCUCGCAAAAGGCCGCGUGACACCUAAGAUAAUGAAGUACCUGGUGCGCCCUGGUGAUGUGCUUGUCUCGCAGGACGACGACGGCACAACAAAAGGCUAUAUUUCGACAUCUUGGCUAGAGCUGAAUGCAGCCUCGAAAAGUCUCCGAAUUACUAGUAUCGAAGGUGCCACAGAUCGUGGUGAUAACCCAAACGAAGAUGGUUGUAGCACACCAGCGCAGAAGCUGAUUAUCAAAGACACAUAUGAUUUUUACGGCUGGUACUGGGAGUACGACGGGUCGUUUUAUUCUCGUGACAAAACCAUCACCAUAAACAUUGAAGCCGAUUCAUCCGAUCAAGAGAUUAUGAUUACUACGCUCAAGUCUUUCCCCCUUAAAUACGCGGACAAAAUCAUCACAGAUCGUCUACGGAGACGAGGAGAAAUGUUUUGGGACUGUCGUUCCCAGAAGCUGGUAGAAUAUCAGACCGAGAAUCACAAAACGCUGGCGAUAGAGAUUGAGCGAUAUGUGAUCGAUGACAGUACAUACAAGAGAAUCCACCGUGGAAAGGGGGCCGUUUUAGACGAGAAAGAAAGAAGGUGGCCUGGCGCGCGAGAGCUAUCCGAGAGCCGGGGCCCACAAGACGAAGAGAUCUACGUUUUCCCUCUCAAAAUUACUGGUUAUAGUUUGGUUCGCAAAAGCUGGGUCGAUCUGUGGGUAGAUCAGAUUUACGAGGUUGGGUGGAACAAGAUUGCGUUUGACAAUUUGGUCGUUGACAGAGAUACCAAGGAGCUCAUUCAAGCUCUUGUGAUGAACCAAGUCGAGGCUGAGCGAGGCACUGAUGUCAUUGGUGGGAAAGGCAAUGGUCUCAUCAUGCUUCUGCAUGGCGGCCCUGGUACAGGAAAGACAUUUACUGCCGAAGCUGUAGCAGAAAUAGCUGAGAAACCCCUCUAUCGAGUGACCUGCGGUGACAUCGGAACCAAGCCAGAAGAUGCCGAGAAAUAUCUUGAAUCGGCGCUGCAUCUAGGGAAGAUCUGGGGCUGCGUUGUUCUUCUUGACGAAGCUGAUGUGUUCCUUGAGGAACGUAGCCUUGACCAACUCGAGCGAAAUGCGCUUGUUUCAGUUUUCCUUCGUGUCCUCGAAUACUAUGAAGGGAUAUUGAUCCUGACCUCCAAUCGCGUGGGAACAUUUGAUGAGGCGUUCAAAUCUCGGAUCCAGCUCGCUUUGCACUACAAGAACCUCUCCGUUGACCAGAGACAGCGGAUCUGGUGGAACUUUUUGGACCAUCUUCGGGUAAUGGAACGAGGCGAGAAGGCAACUAUUGACAUCGAUGACAUACUGGACCAUGUCUCUGAGCUUGCAAAUCAGUUUGAGAUGAAUGGUCGACAAAUACGAAAUGUCAUCACUACAGCUCGACAGCUUGCGAAGCAUAGAAGACAUAUCAUGAAUUUCUCUCACCUUCAGCAUGUGAUCAAUGUCAGUGCUAGGUUUGAGAAAUACCUCCAAGAUGUAAAGGUGGGCCUUACGGAUGAUGAAGUGGCUCGCCAAUUCGGAAAGCGAUGA